AUGAGUAACAGCAGCCUGCAGGGCCUGUCUCUAGCUCUGCCCCUCAACAGCUUUGGCAAUGUGUUGAUGUUUCUCUUCAGUGUUUCCUUGGCUUUCAGCAUCAUCUUCCUCAACAUGUCCGUGUGUGUCUCCAUACUGCUGAACAGGGCUCUGCGCAGCGAGAACCGCUUCAUGUACAUGCUGAGCACCUGCUUCAGUGACAUCUGCACCGGCGUGUCUUAUUACUAUGUGGGGGUCCUGGAUGUGAAGGACAACUUCGACUCCCCUACGAGAACAUAUUUAGUCGCGCCCAUAUUUUUAGGUCUGUCCUACAUGGCCAUCCUGGCCGCGCAGGCCGACAGGUACCACGCUGUGGUGUCACCUUUCCAAUACUUGCGCCGCAUGACGCGUAACAGAACCGUGAUGGUCAUCUGCGGGUACUGGCUCUACGCCUUCCUCAUCGUGGCCGUGAAUAACCUGGUCCCACUCGGCGUGGCCAGAAAGAUCAUGAGCAUUGCCACGUUUGUGGGCAACAUCUUCACAGUGAUUAUAAUGAUAGGACUGAACAUCAGGCUGUUCAUCAUAGCCAAGUUCCAGCUGGAGAAGGAGCCACCCUCCGUGGAGAGGGACACCAAGCGCUCCUCGGUGUAUCUCAUACUGGUGGUGGCUAUGUUCUUUCUGAUGACGUGGCUUCCACUCUUAUGUCAUGUUAUAGUCUGUAACUUAUCUGGCUCAGUGUGUUUCACCUUUAAGAAUGAGGGCACCGACCCUAUGCGUAUUUUACCCCGAGUGAACGCUGCCCUCACCCCCAUCCUGUACAUCUGCGGCUGCUCCCCGCUCAGAGCCACGCUGCUCACCAAGGUGUGGAGGCCCUGCUGCAGGAGGAGGUAA